AUGGUGUUCAAAGUUGGCGCCUGUCUCCUUUUUCUGGCGACGGCCAUCCAGGCCCGUCUGCCCGCCGUCCCUCUCGGUGAAUUCGGACUUCAGUCCGAGAUACCGUCCGAUGUUGAGAAGGAUGAUUUGUCGAAGUUAUACCCGGAGCAUACGAUUUCGGUUCCUAUCGACCACUUCCAGAAGGAUAAGCGCUAUGAGCCGCAUUCCAAUGACACGUUCAAGCUCCGCUACUGGUUUGAUGCCAGCAACUACAAGGACGGCGGCCCAGUGAUUGUUUUGCACGGUGGAGAAACAGAUGGCAAAGGCCGACUGCCCUUCCUUCAAAAGGGAAUGUUAGCUCAGCUUGCUCGUGCCACCAACGGCGUUGGUGUUGUAUUGGAGCACCGCUACUACGGAACCAGCAUCCCAACCCCAGACUUUUCCACCAAGAACUUGCGAUUCCUGUCUACGGAGCAAGCAAUGGCUGAUUCUGCGUUUUUCUCUAAGAAUGUUGUUUUCAAGGGACUUGAGAAGAAGGAUUUGAGGGCACCGAAGACUCCACACAUUCUUUACGGAGGGUCAUAUGCUGGUGCGCAGGUGGCUUUCCUCCGCGUUGAAUACCCCGACGUCUUCUGGGGAGCUAUUUCGUCGUCAGGUGUGCCUAAGGCGAUCUACCACUACUGGGAAUACUACGAAGCCACGCGCAAGCAUGCUCCUCAACACUGCGUUAAGCAAACGCAGAUCUUUGUUGACCUGGUUGACAACAUUAUCCUGCGUGGAAAGGACCCCAAAAUGAACGACAAGGUAAAGGAGUUCUUCAGUCUCAGCGACUUGGCCCACAUGGACGAUGUCGUCAACGUUUUGGCCAACGGUAUUUCGGGCUGGCAAGGCACCAACUGGGAUCCCGCCGUCAACCGGCCCGGAUUUAGCCAGUACUGCGACAAGAUCACGUCUGAUAAACUGUUGUACCCGGUUUCCGACGCCCAGAAGGAGCUCGCAACUACUCUUAUCAAGGCCGGCAAAUAUGGCCACGAGGGACGAAAACUCCUCACCAGAUUCCUUAACUACGCUGGUUGGGCCAACGCUACUUAUGUUGCUCCUUGCCUCCGCCGAGGAAGCACGCUGGAGAAGUGCUAUGGCACCCAUGACCCAGCUUUCUAUAAGCAGGAUGACCUAGAACAGGACUGGCGACUGUGGCCCUACCAGUUCUGCACGGAAUGGGGUUUCCUCCAGACCGGCAGCGGUGUCCCCAAGCACAUCCAGCCCCUUAUUUCUCGGGUGAUUGAUCUAGAAUACACCAGUCUUAUCUGCCGCGAAGCCUUUGGCAUCCACAAGGAGGCCGAAACCGAUCGCGUCAACAAAUGGGGCGGGUACGACAUUGAAUAUCUCCGUCUUGCAUUUGUCGAUGGAGAAGCCGACCCGUGGGUGGAAGCCUCGCCGCAUGCGACAGCUGCCAAACCACGAAAGCAUACUCUCGACAAGCCAUUUAUCCUGAUCAAAGACGCCGUGCACCACUGUACGUAUCACCCUAUCUGGAAGCUGGUCUGCUUUUCGGGAGAAGUAGUGGCUAACGAGCAAGCAGGGGACGAGAAUGGCGUAUUCCCCAACGAGACGACGCCCACCUUCCCACCGCCACGCAUCCAGAAGGUGCAGGCGCAGGAGAUCGAGUUUGUGAAGAAGUGGUUGAAAGUCUCCAGCUGGGCCCGGCUCGCGCAGCCGAACACACAGCGUGACGACGCGAGUGCCGCUGGUGGGUGCACGGAGAAGGACCGUGAGAUCCAUGCCGCUGGAGGUGGAGGCCGCGCCGAGCAUAGCCUUUCGCCCCGUCUGCCGCGUCGCUGCUGGCCUUUUCUUGGACGCCCGUCGUCGUCGCCGCUGCUCCGGUUAGCGACUGAAGAGGAAACCAUGAAGUUCUCGCACAGCAUCCAGUUCAACGCGGUGCCUGAGUGGAGCGACAAUUAUAUCGCCUACAGCAAUUUGAAAAAACUAAUAUAUUCCCUUGAAAAGCAGAUCAACAACCCAGAGGCCCACGAUGACGAAGUCGAGGACGCUCCCUUACUCGACCGGGUGCUGGAUACCGAUUCGAUAUUUGCGCGCAUGCUAGAUGGCGAGCUGGAGAAAAUAUGCUCGUUUUACCACGCCAAAGAGAUCGACCUGUACAAGGAGGUGGACGACGUUGUCAACCAGGCCGAGUCAUAUGUGUCUGAGAGCACUGGUUUUAACAUGGAUCCCCUGGGAGACCCCAUGGCCAAAUCAAGAACGCUCAGCUUCGGAAACGGCGUCCGCCGAGCCAGCUCCUUUGGCAUUGGCCCAUCUGCUGGAAGCAGGGCAAAUACUUCCCCCCCUGCAGACGAGGAUAGCAAUGCGGAUGCCGACAGUGAUGACGAUGUAGAUAUCUCUGAGCUGCCUACGCGCGACAUCCGGAGACGCUCGAUGCUAUUGCGGGACCACGAGGCUCUCGAUGGACGAGCCGUAAGCGAUAUGAGUGAUUCAAGGUAUUUUGGGAUGGGCUCGGAGCACGUCUGUGAUGGGGACCCCCAUUUAUUAGCUCUGUAUAAUGCUGGUGUCAGUUUGAAAAAACAUAUUAUUGGUGUCUACGUCUCCCUCUGCGGGCUAAAGUCGUUUAUUCAACUCAACCGCACCGGCUUUUCAAAGGCCCUAAAAAAAUAUGAUAAAACCUUGGAUCGAAGCCUAAGGCGGGGAUACAUGAAUACUACCGUCUCUACUGCCUAUCCGUUCACGAACCCAACAAUAUCGCUGCUUGACGAGAAAAUCGCCAGGAUCGAGCGCCUGUACGCCGAUACAGUCACCAAGGGAGACCUCCCGCUCUCAAAACGCGAACUGCGAUUACAUCUCCGAGAACACGUUGUAUGGGAGAGAAAUACGGUUUGGCGAGAGAUGAUUGGCAUCGAAAGGAAAGCCCAGGCUGCAAAUAUGGGUAUCCGCAGCACGCUGCUGGGCGGAGCCCAAGAUGCUGAGGCUGCGCGGCGGCAAGGCGACGAGCAAGAGCCUGCGACGAAGGAGAUCAGGACGCCUGUUGGGAGAUGUCCUGUCCCGCGUUGGAUGCUGACGUCAAAUUUUACUACGUUGAUUAUAAUACUGGUGGUGUUUGGGGCAAUGCUGUCGGUGCCUAUUAUGAAGAAACCUGAACAGCAGAAUUGUCUGGCGAUGCUGGUGUUUGUCAGUCUGCUCUGGGCUACUGAAGUGAUUCCUCUCUUCGUCACAUCCAUUCUAGUCCCUUUUCUCGUUGUUGUUCUUCGGGUGCUCAAAUCUGAUGAUGGCGAGCUCCGGUUGCAAGCUAAAGAUGCCGCGACGUACGUCUUUGCGUCGAUGUGGACGUCAGUUAUUAUGUUGCUUCUGGGCGGUUUCACCAUUGCUGCCGCACUCUCCAAGCAUGACAUUGCUCGUCGUAUGGCAACUUUUGUGCUAAGUAAAGCCGGGACAAAACCGCGAACGGUGUUGGUAACGAACAUGUUCGUCAGCAUGGUUUUGAGCAUGUGGAUUAGUAACGUUGCGGCGCCGGUUCUGUGCUUUUCGAUAAUACAGCCUAUGCUUCGAAAUUUACCACCAGACUCGCGCUUUUCCAAGGCGUUGGUGCUAGGUAUUGCCCUAGCUUCGAAUGUCGGCGGUGCGGCUUCUCCCAUUGCUUCUCCUCAGAAUAUCAUUGCGCUACAGAACAUGUCUCCUCCCAUCAGCUGGGGUACAUGGUUUUUCAUUGCAAUACCCGUUUGCGUCAUCUGUAUUAUUCUUAUCUGGAUUCUCCUCGUUAUUACAUUCCGUCCCGGUAGAGGCACCGUUAUUGUUCCUAUUCGACAGGUCAAGGAUAAAUUCUCCGGGGUCCAGUGGUUUGUCACAAUUGUGACACUUGCUACCAUCAUACUAUGGUGUUUCAGCCAUGAAAUGGAGGGUACAUUCGGAGACAUGGGCGUCAUCGCUAUCAUCCCGUUAGUUCUCUUUUUCGGCACUGGAGUAUUGAACAAGGAAGACUUCAACAACUUUCUAUGGACCAUCAUAAUUCUUGCAUCCGGUGGUCUGUGUCUUGGAAAAGCCGUUACUUCCUCUGGCUUAUUACAUACAAUUGCUCGGAGUAUCACAGAGAAUGUUGGAAGUUUCAGUUUGUAUGGCGUGAUGUUUGUUUUCGCGUCCUUGAUUCUAGUCAUCGCCACCUUUAUCUCGCAUACGGUUGCGGCGCUGAUUCUGCUGCCCCUUGUGCGAGAAGUUGGUGUCGCCAUGGACCAUCCUCAUCCUAAUUUGUUGGUCAUGGGGUCCGCAUUGAUGUGCUCCGUUGCUAUGGGCUUACCUACAAGUGGCUUCCCAAAUAUGACCGCUAUUAUGAUGGAAGUUCCGGAGACCGGGCAACGGUAUCUCCGUGUAAAACACUUUAUUUCUCGUGGCAUACCGGCCAGUUUGAUAUCCUUUGCAGUUGUCGUUACAGUUGGAUAUGGAUUAAUGAUUGUUGCGGGAUUGUAA